GACUUAAUUAGCAAGAACAUCGAUAAAAUGUCUUUCAACCUACAAGUUUUUCUCUUUUAUUCUCUUCCUAUAAUUUUUGCCUUGCUUGUUUCGAAAUUAUAUUUUUCUUCCAGAAAAUCCCAUAAAAACCUACCUCCAUCUCCACCAAGGUUACCAUUAAUAGGAAACCUUCACCAAUUAGGCUCAAGUACACACCGUGUCCUCCAAUCCAUGGCUCAGACGUAUGGUCCCCUCAUGUUGCUUCACUUUGGUACCGUACCAGUAAUUGUAGCCUCUUCUGCUGAUGCGGCUAGAGAGAUUACCAAAACCCAUGAUGUAAUAUUUUCAAAUAGACCAUUUAUAAACAUCGCUCAUAGACUUUUUUAUAACUCAAAAGAUAUAGGUUUUGCUCAAUAUGGAGAGUAUUGGAGGCAGGUGAAAAGCAUUGCCGUCCUCCAUCUUUUAAGCAACAAAAGGGUUCAGUCAUUUCAACAAGUGAGAGAGGACGAGGUGGCCCACUUAAUCAAGAAGAUUCAAGAAUCCAAUGAAUCCGUUAUUGAUUUGUGUGAAUUGCUUAUUUCACUUACAAAUAACGUAAUUAGUAGGGUGGCUCUAGGAAGGACAUAUGAAGGGAUGGGGGUUAAUUACAAAAACAUCCCAGUCCGGAUUGGGGCGAUGUUAGGACGCUUUUCUGUUGGUAGUUAUAUUCCAUGGCUAGCGUGGGUAGAUAGACUCACUGGGUUACAUCGAGAAGCUGAUCAACUUGCUAAGGAAAUUGAUGAGUUUUAUGAGGGUGUCAUUGAGGAGCAUGUGAACAAGAAAGUGACUGAUGUGGAAGGCCAAGAUCUUGUUGAUAUCUUAUUAGACCUUCAAAGAGAUAACUCGACAGGUUUUGUUAUUGAAAGAUACACAAUCAAGGGUAUCAUCAUGGACUUAUUUGGUGCUGGCACUGAAACCACAUUCACCAACCUAGAGUGGGCAAUUAGUGAGCUCCUAAAAAACCCCCAUGCAAUGAAAGAACUGCAACAAGAGGCACGCAAAAUAGGCAAAGGAAGAUUAAUGAUCCCAGAAGACGACAUAGACAAAAUGCCAUACCUAAAAGCUGUCAUCAAAGAAACUCUACGACUACAUGUUCCGGUUCCACUGCUCAUUCCCCAUGAAUCAACAAAAGACGUCAACCUACUCGGCUACGACAUCCCAUCAGGUACACAAGUAAUGAUUAACGCAUGGGCGAUAGCAAGAGAUCCGUCAAUAUGGGAACAACCUGAUGAGUUUAGACCAGAGAGGUUCUUGAACACCCCUACAGAUUAUAAAGGUUUUCAUUUCGAGUUCAUACCAUUUGGUGCUGGAAGACGCAAAUGUCCUGGUAUGGGUUUUGCAAUAGCUAUUAACGAGCUUGCUUUGGCAAAUUUAGUCUACAAGUUUGAAUUUGCAUUGGGUGAAGAGGGUUUGGACAUGACCGAGAGUGACGGUGUGACCGCUCAUAGGAAGUAUCCUAUACUUGUAACUGCAACCCCUUUUCUCGGUGACUCCAUGUGAGUAACGAGGAUACGCUAUCCGAGCGUUGUGGCGGAGUUGAAUAAAAUGUUUAAAUAACAAACGUUAGAUUCGUUUGUAUAAGCAAAACAACGAUUGUUGUCUUAAGUUAUUUGUCCAAA